CAAGAACUCCAAGUCUUUUCUUUUCCUACGUACAUGUAUCACCUUUGCUGGAAUGCUUGGAAAUUUCACUACGAUUGUAACGUGCAUCUCAUGCUCCAAAGCUCAAGUGAACGGUUGUGAACCCUGAACUUAAAACCCUGUUUUCUUUUUAUUUUUUGAGCUCCCGGUGAAUUUAUACUACAUUCAAUCAAGUACUUGUGUUGAUAAUUGUUGACCAACUCUGACAGAUUGUUUAUCAUAAUUUGAAAGUUAAGGAUGUGCUUUUUUCAAGCAAAAGAAAUUUUAAACUUCAGUUUUAGAGAAUUGUUGGUUUUGGGGUGGCAAGCAAAUGAUAUCAGCAGAAAAUUAUCAAAAUCUUAAAUGUAAGUCUAGCUGUAGACCUGUUAGCUGAGAUAUUUGUUGUUAUGUUUCUUUUUAGUGAUAGGAAGUUUAGUAGAAUGAGUUUUGAAUGAUGAGCAGACGAAGUCGUAGAACAAUGGAUACGUCCAGGAUAUUUGGAACCCCUCCAGAACCAGUGUUCAACAUGAAAGGGUGCUGUUUAUCAGUGAAUCUUUUAGAGGAGCUGCUUUUCACACAAGCAACAGCCAAUGAUAGACAAAUACGGAGAGCUUCAGCAGAAUAUGGCCUAUUUAAAUGUGGCCCACUAGUUGAAUGCAUAUUCAUCAUUUGUGAGCAGAUGAAACAACCUCCAGAAACCAGAUAUAUUGCUGCUGAAUUGUUUGACAGGUUUAUGAGAGCCCAUAUACCUAACCUCAAAGAGAAAGUGAAAGAGAGUCAUAUUGCACCUAAACGACGCAAAAUAUCAUUACAGGAUGAGUGGAAGCACACCCUUCGUAAACUUUGUAAACAAUUGCUACCCUUCAUGGUGUCCUGUGUUCAAAUUGCUUCCAAACUGUGUUCACACUACAGUAUUGUUACAUGUCGUCGCUGUGCUGAGCUAUUACAAGACAAAGGCCACCGCUAUCAGACAUCCAAAGUCUUGACCUCAGAAUUGUUAGUAAUGAAGACAUUGGACUAUAAACUUCAUGUGUCAAGUCCUUUGAGUUAUAUUGAAACUCUGCUUGAGAUAAUGGGUUACAAUGAUCCUGAUACCCCUGUCAAGCUUCUCCAUGAUACAUGUCUGAAGAUUCUUGAUGUUGUCUAUAUCAAGAGGAAGCUUGUCUACAGUAGGUUACUGCAGCUUGCUAUCGGAGAUAGUCCAGUCAAUUCCCAAACAAGAUCAAAAUUUGCACCAGUUGAAAACGAUUGCAUGCUUUUAGCAACAGCCAAUAUAGGGGCUGCUUCUUACUUCAUUGAUAUGAAUUCAACACAAAUGAUCAAUAGUCAUCUAGCAAGGAUAACACACAUCCCGGUAGAUGACAUCAUUGACUUUUCUUCUACAAUCAUCUCUGUUAUACUUCACUGAAGGUGUUAAAGAAAUGCUCCAUUGAAUUGUUGUGUAAGAUUUAUGCAGUAUCUUCUCAUAAGCAACCCCUGAGUAU